AUGUCUCCUCCAGAUGCCUCGCCGCCCUCGCCCGCAACGACCUGCACCCCACCACCCUGGCAGCCGGCCCCGGCCACGCAGCCAACGCCCCCUCCGUCACGGUACGUUCCACAGCCGCUACGGAUCAAAACAGCGCUGCCAAUAUCAGCCCCGACUCCGCCAGAGAGCGCGAUGCUCCCGCCUCGACCGUCAUCGCUGCGAACCGCACCGCCGUCGAUCGCCACACUCCCACCGAAGGCCUCCGCUGCCCCAUCGCCACCGUUUAAGGAAAGUGAGCCACCUUCGCGUCCAGUCCCGGCACGGGUGCUAAUCUCACCAACGGUCCCGUCUGAACGUUCUGUAUCCAACAGCAACGCACCCGAAGAACCCCCUCCCCCCCCUGUCGCGAUGGCGACUGUCUGCUCUCCGUCUAUGGCGACUUCUCCUCCCAACGAUGACGUGCUCGUACCGCUCGCAAUAUCCAAAUUGCCACCGGCCACUGAUUUUCCAGACCCAGCAGAUAAAAUCAACCCCCCACCAUCCCGCCCUACGCCGGCACUCAGCGAUGUCAUACCACCAACGGCGCCCCCACCACUCUCGAGGCCUGUAUUUACAUCAUCGCCGGUAGCGACAGCAGCGUUACCACCGCAAUGGCCCUCACCUCCACGAAUCCGCACAACACCGCCAACCCCACCGUCAGCCCCGUCGAUACCUCGGCCGGAAACUAUAUCUCCACCACAGCCUUGGGCCCCAGGCCCGCCACAAAGCCGCAAUAAGCCCCCACAAGUGCCACCACCGCUUGAGAGGUCGACCCCCCCCCCACGGCCACCCUCGAAGUCCACGUCGAUUGCCAUGCCACCAGCCAAAGACACACAACCACCGCAUGUAGCGCCACUGCAACUGCCCCCCGCGACUAGAACACGACCCGUGCCACUACCGCCGGAGACACCCGCAGCAACAGCCAAAGUACCACUGUCUCCAGCAGUCGCCACCCCAGUAGUCAACCCGAUCGUGCCCACGUCGGCGACGCCUGCCUUUGUAGCCACUGUUGCGCCACCGCCAUCAUCCCCCGCUGCACCGCCGGCUCCACCGCCUCCGACGACAGUGAGCACACCACCACUUCCACCACCCCCAAUGUCGUUGUCAGAGCUUCCUUCACCCGCUGACACUGAGACAGUACCACCUACCACAGCAUCUGCCGUGGUUUCACCAGCUGCGAUAAGAAUAUUACCACCAUUGCCUGAGUCACCAAUGCCGGUGCACAAACUUAUCACACCAGAACUGGCGCUUGUGGCCGAUGAAGACCCCGGCGAGCCAUAG